CUGAAAACGGGCUUUAGCAGCAUUUUUGACCAGUCCGAGUUCUAACCGCUAUUCAUUUGUUAUGAAAAUCUGUUUUCUCCGGUCCGGAUUUAGCUAGCAGCCGUUCUGGUCCGCCCAGUUUUUGUUUUUUUUUCCGAAAGUUGCGUGGCUCUGCUGAAGUUCCUGCUACUCGUCAUCGCCGUCAGACUCCGAGCAGGAGCAGCGGACCCCCUCCUCCCUCAUGUCCAGGCGCAGCCUGCGGCUCGACGAUGGCCUGCUGGACCGCCGCCCUCCGCCUCGCGGCAGCGCCUCCCUCAUCGUGGGAGGAGCCAGCUGGAGGAGCGACAGGCCCCGUCGCUCCCAGCGGAACUCGGCCUCCUGCUCAGAGUCGCUCCUCGUCGACUCUCCUCAGAAUGCCGUCGGCCAGUUCCUCCACAACAGCAGCGUCAACAGCGUGGCGUCGGACGCCUCCCUGAUCUCCUCCCUGCUGGACGAGUCCUCCAUCCAGGAGAGCACGCUGGUCGAAACCUUCUGGGGUUUGGACCAGGAUGCAGAUCCUAACGAAAGCACUAUCAUAGCCAGUGAGAGCAGCACUCUGAUUGGUUCAGACAGUGUUUAUGCCAAACAUUCUGACCAGGCGCUCAGCAGGCUUUGCUGUAAAGACUGCAACUGUCCGAGUGCGCCAAAAUCUAACAAGGAAACCAAGAUGGAAACCUCCACCAUCUACUACAGAGGUCGGAAGAGCAGGGCAGAUGUGCUGCAGCUGUGGCUGACCUCCUCCCUGCUGUUUGUCAGGAGAGCCGCAGCCCGCUGCGCGUCUGCGCUGCAGCUCACCUGGCAGGCGUUCCAGCCCUCCUCACGUUCACAGCUCAACAGGCGUGGAGCUCGGUUCAGGGACAGCGGAGUCAUGGCUCUGAAGGAAGCCAACCUGGAGGAGCUUCAUCCCGUCGGAUCGCUGUGCUGCAUGUUCAGAUGGAUCAACGGACAAUGGAGUCACAUGAGCUCGUCCUCCCGCUUAAGCAAACUCUUCAUCGUACUUCUGCUCCUCCUCCUCUUCAGUGUGUCGUGGUACUGUCCAGCUGGUAUCUACUCGCUCCUUUUGGGGAUCAACAUUGCAGACAUUCCAGGUCUGUCCUCGGUCCACAGCUUCUUACCUCUUCAGAGCCAGUCAGCAGAGGGCGCUCCAGAGGAGUUGGUCCAAAGUCACCCUCCAUCAGCUGAAAUGCUGCCACAGGAGGCUCCAGCUCCGUCUCCAGCUCCACCAGCAGGGAUGGAUUCUGAGCAGCAUGUUCAGAUGGAGCAGAGUCUGAGGGCGCUGUGGGAGGAGAUGGAGGCUGCAGGGCGACGGGCGGAGGAGAGUCACAAGGAGCUGCUUCAGCUCUACACCGACCUCCGUCAGCAGGCGUCCGGGCCCCAGCGCAGCGAGUACGACAUGGAGCUGUGGAUGAAGGGGCUGAUGGAGCAGCAGCUGUCUCUGCUACGAAGACAACUCAACGUAGAGAGACGGCUGAGGGAGCAGAUGCGACAGCAGGAUCUGUUGCUGCUGAAAACCCAGGCAUCCCGUUUGGAUCAGCUGCAGCUGCAGCUGGAGCAGGUCACAGCCAGGAGUUGGGAGCUGCAUGGAAGAAAUGAAGCUGACACAGCGCCCCCUGCUGCUCUCCCAGACACUUCCAGCUCCGGCAUGGACAAACCGUCCCAGGAUGCUUUGCAGGCAGAUGUUUCGCGGUUGGAGGCGGCUCUAGUGGACGUGAAGCGGGACGUGGACGGUCUGUCUGGGUGUCAGGACGGCUGCCAGAAGCUGGACAGAAUCCAGCAGACGAUGUCAGAGCAGGUAUCGGGUCUGAUCCGGGAGGAGGUUCGAGCCCUGGUCUACGGAAACCAGCUGACCCAGGGCGGGGUCUCCGUCCUGCCGGAGUCCCUCCUGCAGUGGCUGUCGCAGCGGUUUGUGGGCGAGGCCGACCUGAAGGAGGCGCUGUCCUCUCUGGAGUCUAGCAUCUUGCAGAAACUCAGCCGGUGGCAGCGACGGCACAAUAAAGAGGAGACGGUCAAAGAGGAUGUACUGGACGUUCCUGGGAACGCUGUAACCAAGGAGGAAGUCCAUGUGAUGGUGAUGGAGGCUCUGAAGCUGUUUUCUCAGGAUCGAACCGGCCUGGCCGACUACGCUCUGGAGUCCGGAGGGGGCAGCAUCCUCAGCACUCGCUGCUCAGAGACCUACGAGACGAAGGCCGCCCUGCUGAGCUUAUUCGGGUUUCCUCUCUGGUAUUUCUCCCAGUCUCCUCGAACCGUGAUCCAGCCUGAUGUCCAUCCUGGGAACUGCUGGGCCUUCAGAGGAUCUACAGGCUUCCUCGUGAUCCAGCUGUCCAUGAAAAUCCUUCCCACGGCCGUCACCAUGGAGCACGUCCCCAAAUCCCUGGCCCCUAGCGGGACGCUGCGCAGCGCUCCACGAGACUUCAGCGUUUAUGGUCUAAAAGACGAGGACCAGGACAGAGGGAAACUGCUGGGAAAUUACACGUACGACGAAGAUGGAGAGGAUCUGCAGAUGUUCAUCAUCUCAGAGGAGAACGACGAAGCCUUCCAGAUCAUCGAGGUGCAGGUUCUGUCUAACUGGGGCCACCCAGAGUACACGUGCAUGUACCGCUUCAGAGUGCACGGGUUGCCGAGCGACGUCUGAGUCGACGAGGCGGAGAAGCUCUGCUCGCUUUUUAACCGUCUGCGCAGUGGUUGGUUCUUACGUUUCCCAUGGAAACGCUCUCUGUCCCGGUGAUCCAAUGAAUCUGUUCAUAGUUUCUCUAUCCAGGUUCUGCUUCCAGGUCGUCGCUGCUGGUUUUCACGUGUUUUAUGCAUUUAUCAGGUGUGAUGUCAUUCAGCUGUUGCGUCAGCGUGAAACCUUCUCUCUGCGUCACGGCGCGGAUAAACGGUCUGAAGAGGAGGGAAGGUUUUAAAGCAGAAACUGAAACGACAACCUGCUUCAGCAGACGAUGCAAUAUAAGAAAUAGCUUUACGUUUUCAAACUGUAAAAAUGUGAAACCUGAACACUUGAAGGGAAAGAAAAAGUAAAAAACUAUUUCCAACUAUUUGUCUCCAGUUUGAAAGCUUAUUCCUCAUUUGCACUGGAACUUUUUUAUGUAUACAUUUGAUGUAUGUAAAUAAUUUUGUACAAGACUUUAAACUGAAUUGUUGAAUAAUAAAGAUCUGAC